AUGGAGAUCAAAAUACUGCAAUUCCUACUUUUUCUGUGCAUGAAACUAUUGGUUUCUGGAGUUGGGGCUGCUGAAUUUAGGUGCAUAGAGAGGGAGAGACAAGCUCUUCUCAAGAUAGCGGAAAGCCUUACAGGCGAUCUCAGUGAGUUAACGAUGGGUAGUGAAGAAGAUAAAGAGAAUUGCUGCAAAUGGCACGGUGUGGGUUGUGGAGGCACUGCUCACGUAACCUUCCUCGAUCUAUCUGGUAUGCAUUUGAGAGGUAAGAUGAGUCCAGCAUUGCAAGAGUUGCAGCACUUGAACCAUUUGGACCUCGGAGACAAUUAUUUGACAAUGGAUAAUCUUGAUUGGCUUUCUAAUGUUUCUUCGUUAUCUUAUCUUCACUUGAGCGGCAUUAACCUUAGAACUGUAACCAACUGGGUACGGCCAAUAUCAAAACUCUCUUCACUCGAGGAAUUGUACUUGUCAGAUAUCACCAGAUUUUCAUCAUUACAGGAGUUGUACCUUAGUAACAAUCAAUUGGAUGGGGUUCAACCACAAACCCUUGAUCAGCCUUCUAGUCUUAAAAUUUUAGACUUAUCUUACAAUCAAAUUUCAGGAUCACUGUCGGACUUGAGAGGAUUUUCGUCAUUGAAGAGGUUAGAUCUCUCUGGAAAUCAAUUGAAAAAGCUACCCAAAGCUAUUGAGAAACUUUUCAAUCUCAAUUUUUUAAAUCUCUCUUCAACUUCACUGGAAGGUACAAUCACCGAACACCACCUUUCAAACUUUACCCAUUUAAGUGAACUGGAUUUAUCUUUUAACAAUGUGUCUUUCAACUUGAGCUUUGAUUGGAUUCCUCCCUUCCAAUUGAAAAGCGUACAUUUCAGUCAUUGUAAUAUGGGGCCUCAUUUUCCAAAUUGGAUUCGAACACAGAAUUCUCUUACGGAUCUCUCUCUCUCUUUUGCUGGUAUAUCCGACACAUUACCUAAUUGGCUGUGGAAUAUGUCUUCUAUCGACUAUAUAGAUCUCUCUCAUAAUAAUAUUAGUGGCGGGAUGCCUGAUUUGGCCUUAAAGUCUUUUGCUUUUUAUGACUCUGUAGAUUUAAGUUAUAAUAAUCUUUCGGGGUCCAUUUUCACCUUAUGCCCCAAAGUCAGUAUCCAGAACCUUAUUCUGUCACAUAACCAAUUAGAAGGAGAGCUUCCUGAUUGCUGGAUGAACUUACAAGAAGAGCUAAUUGUUCUCAAUUUGGCAUAUAAUAAGUUCUCAGGUAAACUUCCCCCUACUUUAAGCACUCUGGAGCAUCUUGCGAUAUUGCAUUUGGGCAACAAUAAUUUCACUGGUGAAUUGCCCUCUUUGAAGAAUUUCAGAGAGUUGAGAAAGUUAGAUGUGGGAAGAAACAAGUUAACAGGUACAAUUCCAGCAUGGAUAGGACACCUAAAAAAAUUGGCGGUUCUUAGCCUUCGAUUUAAUAGUUUUCAUGGAUCCAUUCCUCCAACAAUUUGCUACCUUACCAAUAUUUACGUCUUGGACCUUUCUAGGAACAACAUUUCGGGGAAAAUUCCACAAUGCUUAAACAAUUUGACUUCUUUGGUUCGGAAUUGUGGUUCAACUAUGAGUGAAUAUUAUUCCUUUAUUGACAAGGUACCAUCAGAUGAGGAUGACAAUGCUGUGGUUCAAUGGAAAGGACAAGACGCAGAGUAUAAAAGACUAAGAAAUUUGAAAGGCAUUGAUCUUUCUAGCAAUAAGUUAGUUGGAACUAUUCCUCAUGCAUUUUCUGAUUUGAGAGCUUUAGUUUUCAUCAACUUAUCUAGAAACCAUUUAGUAGGGAAUAUCAUUUCAAGCAUUGGUCAAUUGGACACAUUGGAAUGGCUUGACUUGUCUAGAAACCAACUUUCUGGGGAGAUUCCGAAUGGCCUUGCAAAUCUACACUUUCUGAGUGUCUUGGAUUUAUCAUACAACAAUUUGACGGGAAAAAUUCCGCUAAGCACUCAACUACAGAGCUUUAACUCAUCUGCGUACGCUGGGAACAACCAACUCUGUGGGGAUCCAUUGGCAGAGUGUCCUCAUGAUCCUUCCGUGACUGACCGUGGCAAGGUAAAUGUUGUUGAAGAAGAUGAUGGGUUUAUGAAUCGAGAUUUUUAUAUCUGCAUGGCAUUUGGUUUCAUUACUGGAUUUUAUGUACGUGACAACAACAAUCUACGUGACAAGAUUCAAGAGGAAAUUUAUAUCCUAAAAGUUCCCCUUUUCGGGAAAAAGUUGAUGGCUGGAGUGGUGCACAAGGUUCUUUUAAUCUAA